AUGGAAUAUAAAAGGAACAUGACUGAAUUCAUUUUAUUAGGUCUUACACAGAACCCCAAAAUGCAGAAAGUCAUUUUUGUGGUGUUUUCGGUUCUGUACAUGGUAACGCUCUCAGGCAACCUGCUCAUUGUGGUCACCUUUACCACCAACCAGGCUCUGAGCUCCCCCAUGUACUUCUUCCUGACCCAUCUGUCCUUGAUAGACACUAUUUAUUCUUCUUCUUCAGCUCCUAAGCUGAUUGUGGACUCCCUUCGUGAGAAGAAAAUCAUCUCCUUCAGUGGGCGUAUGGCUCAAGUCUAUGCAGAACACAUUUUUGGUGCUACUGAGAUCAUCCUGCUGACAGUGAUGGCCUAUGACCGCUAUGUGGCCAUCUGCAAACCUCUGCACUAUACGACCAUCAUGAGCCACAGGCUGUGCAUUCUCCUGGUGGGAGUGGCCUGGACUGGAGGAUUUCUCCAAGCAACCAUUCAGAUCCUCUUUACAGUCUGGCUGCCCUUCUGUGGCCCCAAUGUCAUAGACCACUUCAUGUGUGAUUUGUACCCUUUGUUGAAACUUGUGUGCACAGACACUCAUACCCUUGGUCUCUUUGUUGCUGCCAACAGUGGACUCAUCUGCCUGUUAAACUUCCUCCUCUUGAUGGUAUCCUAUGUGAUCAUCUUGUGUUCCCUCAAGAACUAUAGCUCAGAAGGGAGGUGCAAAGCCCUCUUUACCUGUGCCUCUUAUAUCACAGUGGUCAUCUUAUCCUUUGUGCCCUGUGUAUUUGUGUACCUGCGCCCAGUGACUACUCUGCCCAUUGACAAAGCUGUUGCUGUCUUUUAUACUAUGGUGACCCCUAUGUUAAAUCCUUUAAUCUACACCCUCAGAAAUGCUGAGGUUAAAAAUACAAUAAGGAAACUGUGGAGAAAAAAAAUGACUUCGGAUAAUGACUAA